AUGCAGCAGCCGUUGGUGGCGGAGAUCGUCGGCUCGGCGGUCGUCGGCGAGGCCGUCAGCCGGAUAUGCUCGUAUCUUAUCGGCCGGGCUGCGGCCGACGAAGCUGUCGGAGAUGCCGAGCAGAACGAGGAGAGGAUGGAGGUGGCGCUGCUCAGGAUUCAGGCCGCCGUCGAGGAGGCCGGCAGCUGGCACAUCACCAACCGCCCGGUCGUGCGGUGGCGCGACAGGCUAAAGCGCGCUGCCGGCGAGGGAGAGUGCGUCUUGAGGGAGCACAGGCAGCGACGCCGGCGCGUCGCCGACGACGAUGAUGCGCACCGGCACCGCCUCUGGUUACCGAGGUGCGUUGCCCGCGCUGCUGGCAGGAAGCUCUUCGCCGCCGUCGGCGGUGGGGACGGGCAGCGGCUGAGCGGCGGUACCGUGCUGCGGUUCGAGCGGCUCGCCGACGGCGUGGGAGACUUCGUGAGGCUCGUCGAGAGCGGCGGCCGCGCCAAGCGCUUCGUGCCGUUCCAUCCGGUCGCGGCGUCGCUGCUCGCGCGGCGACCGACGAGCUGCUCCGUCAUGUCGCCGGCGUCGCCAGGUACCACGGCGCACGCCUUCGCGUUCCCGGACCUCACGUCACCGUGGCGCCGGCCGCGCGCGCACGUCUUCUUCCUGUACACGGACGCCGUCACCGGCGAGAAGCUUGAACUAUUCGUGGAGCUCGUCAUCUCGGAGAGCGCCGAUGUCAUGGCGAUCGCGCUCGCCUCCAUGGACGCCCUACCGCCGCACUUCCGCUUCGCCUCCGCCGCCGCCUUCGGCAGCUUCCACCGCCUGCAGGCGCAGGACAUGUCACACGACGGCGACGACGGCCACCACCACCUCCCCGCCUGGGACGCGCACUACUGCAGCCAGCCAUCCCGGUACGAGCAGCCGGAGUGGAUGGCCGCCGGCUACGGCGACGAACCCGCAGCAGUGGCGGCGCUGCCGGAGCACGUCCUCUACGUGGUCGCCGAGUGGGACAGCCCGGCGUCAAACACCCGGCCGCCGCCCGUCCACGUCAGCUACCACCUCGGUCGGCAGUGCGCGGACUGGCCGGUGCGGGGGGAGGAGAUGGCAGGGCGGAUCCUGGACGGCGGGUUCGGGACGCGAGCGCGGCGCGUCGAGAGGUACUCGGACGCCGGCGCGAAGACGUUCGACGGGCUGGUGAUGCAGACGGUCGACGGCUUCCGCCACGGAACCGGGCCGACGGCGCCGGCGGGGCAGGUGGUGCGGUGGUGCUUCGUGUCCGGGUGGGUGGUGUACUUGUCCGUCCGGGGCAUCGGCGCCGGACCGCCGUACGAAGUCGUCGGCUACGAACGAUGAUGCCAUUCUUGCACCACCGUAACGUUCGAUUGUUAUUUAGUGUUAAUGUAUCUGUAUGCGGAACGAGAUCAUCUGACCUUAAGUUAGAGGAACUUAGAACAUUCAGUGGCGAAAAUGCAGCCUCCC